AAUGGAUAUACUAUAACAGUGCAACAUAGAUUCAAAUUAGUCACAUCCAUCCACUAAAAGACUUGCUUAGAGGAAUUUAGAUUGAGAGAGAGAGAGAGGGUCCAUGUUGUUAUUUGGAGAACCAACAAAGGACAGGUAAUCCAUUGGGUUCGGGCCCACCCGUGUCCCUGCACCCAUACACAUACCCCAAAACACCCGUGGUCUGUCCUUUGGUUCCAUACCCCACAAUAUCCCUCUCCCUCUCUCUCAACUUUCUUCAUAAAUACCCUUUACACCCCACUCUAUCCCCUCACCACCACCACCUUUACUAUCUAUCUCAAACAACUCUCUCAAAACCUAAAAUGGCCAUUAGAAAAUCAAACAAACUACCACAAACUGCAGUUCUCAAGCAAAUUCUCAAGAGAUGCUCAAGCUUGACAAAGAAACACGGCUAUGACAACGAUGACAAUGGUCUUCCUCUUGACGUACCAAAAGGCCAUUUUGCAGUCUAUGUGGGAGAAAAUAGGAGCAGAUACAUUGUUCCAAUCUCAUUCUUGUCUCAUCCUCAGUUCCAAUGCCUUCUUCGACGUGCUGGAGAAGAGUUUGGCUUCGAUCAUGAUAUGGGUCUCACAAUUCCUUGUGAAGAAGUUGUUUUUCGCUCUCUAACAUCAAUGCUUAGAUGAGAGUGUUAAAAAUGAUGUAAUAUUAUUGAUUGAUAUUGAUUGAUAUUGUAGUGUUUACAUUGAUUCCUAUAUAUAGGAGGUGUGAAGUGGAGAUGGUGGUGGUAGGUGAGGAGUAGGUGAGUGUAGUAGGUGAGUGUGUGGUAGGUGAUGGUAAAUAUUUUAACAGCCCCCC